AUGAUUCCUGAUGAAGUUGAUGCUAUAAAUCCUGAUGAGCGUAGGAGAGUGCCAGUGUUGAUGAGCCUGGUGGAGGGCGCGCUUACUUUGGAAGGAAAUUCUGAUAAACAUGAAUAUUCCCGCCGUGCAACGGUAAUUCCUGGGAGGAAAUCAUUCAAUACCAUAUUACAUGAAGAGGAAACCGGUGCAUUCCCUGUGAAGCCCACAGGGGCACGCACUGCGGUAUGA